UCCAUGAUGUACAGUUAGGUUGUUAUUUGAACCCAAGAAAAUGGCUCGAACACACGUUUAUUUUUGUGCUCUGUUCAUCAGUACCUUUUCUUCUGUGGUACUAGCUUUGGAGCCGGUGUGUCCAGUAUGCUCAAAGUAUGAUUACGAAGAGAAACUUUUAGAGAGGGUGAUACGAAUGGAGUUCACAGUGGAAAAAAUUGUGAAAGACAACAAAGCCGCCGUCAGCGAUCAAAUUAAUGAAGGAUUGGACAUUGUCAGGAGGGAAAACGCUCAACUGAGGGAGUUGAUAAGUGAGAUGUCAACUAAUCAUACCGAUUAUGAAAGGCAACAGUCCAACAAGGUCGAGGAGUCUCUAAGCAGCGCUCGUGCGUCCCUGGACGAUGCGAUUCAGCUGACCAAAGCCAAAGAAACACCGUUUGUGCUUUUCCACGCUAGUAAUCCGAAAGACCGAAGUCCCGCCACAGGAGACACAAUCGUGUUCUCGGACAUUCAAACGAACGAAGGAUUGGGGUACGAUGACGUCACCGGGAAGUUUACCGCGCCUGUGUCUGGUCUCUACAUGUUCUUCAUGCAAGUCUGCGUUCAAAACAGUGUCUAUGUUAACUUACAACUUGUGAAGGAAGCUAACGUGCUGAUUGGUAGUAGUUACUUUCAUACUCAAGGGUAUCCGUGCUCCAGUGCCCAGGUGGUCACGCGGCUUGUGGAGAGUGAGAGCGUCUGGGUGUAUUGUGUGUUAGGACGGGGCUCAGCCCAGCUGUAUCACGAUACUAACGUUCGCUGGACCAGUUUCGGGGGAGCUCUUGUUCAUAAAUAAUUAAAUGAGGACCUACUGCCCCCAUGUUGGUGUUGUACACGCACCAGAUGACCUGAAACAUACCGGAUUCAGUAACUGCGAAUACUCGAUUUUGAACAUGUCUCACCUGAACUAACUACAAGACAUGGUCGUUUGAAAAUAUAUUCACUUAAGCUACCAAAAACACCCACGAAGCUCGAAUGUGUUCUGUAAAUGUAGAGUUAUUUUGCUAAAAACAAAACAUCUUACUCACAUAGUUUUAGCCUGGCGCAGCCCUGCGUCUGCCAGUGAAUCGUUAACUGAAUAUCAAUCAGUGAACAUUUUGCAGAUUUUAGCAAACCGUUAACAUUUAAUCAAAUUUAUUGAUAUGCAUAAAUUGUUAAGAUAAUUCUGUUUCUUAUAUUUUGGUGUACAAACAUUUGAGUUUCUUUAAUUUCAAAUAAAAAAAAUAAAG